GAGAGAAACUCCUACCUUGCCACCAAGGGAAGCUAUUUGUUUCUAAUAUAAGUAGAUUGUUUGGGAAGGAUCUGUGGUCCUACCCUUGAAAGGCAAAGGGGCUAGUUGUGCCAUUUGCCAGUCAGGAACCAUGAGGAGAUAUAUGGUGUCUUAUACUUGGCAGAUCUUGAAGAAGGAACUGGGGCUGUACCAGCUCACCAUGGAUAUCAUUGUGAUGAUCCGAGUGUGUAAAAUGUUCCGCCAGGGCCUCAGGGGAUUCCGGGAAUAUCAGAUCAUGGAGACUGCUCACAGAAAGCACCCUAUCUUUUCCUUCUGGGAUAAAAGGAGGCAAGGCCGAAUCAUGUUUGAUACUAUGGACUUUGUUGCAGAGGAGGGUCACUUCCCUCCAAAAGCCAUGCAGAUCACACAGAAGCUGCCUUCCUGGAGGACGGAGCCUGAGAUCCAGGCCCUCUGUAACCUCCUGCAGGUCUUGGACAGCUACCGUAACUACUCAGAGCCCCUGCAGCUGCUCCUGGCCAAGGUCAUGCGCUUUGAACGGUUUGGGCGCAGGCGCGUGAUUGUCAAGAAGGGACAGAGGGGCAACAGCUUUUAUUUCAUCUACCUGGGCACGGUCGCGGUGACUGAGGAUGACGAUGGCAGCAGCGCCUUCCUGGACACCCACCCCACAUUGUUGCACAAGGGCGACUGUUUUGGGGAACUGGGCAUUCUGACUCCUUCACUAAGGAGGGCCACUGUGGUCUGUAUGGAAGAAACAGAAUUCCUCGUUGUCGACAGGGAAGAUUUCCUUGAGAAUAAGCUGGACCAGGAAUUCCAAAAGGAUGCUCAGGAUCGAUUUGAAUUUUUUAGGAAGAUGGAUCUGUUUGAGUCAUUGUCUGACGAGAAGCUCUGGAAGCUUGUAGCCCUGGGGAAGGUGGAGAAGUUCUCUUAUGGGCAGCUGAUCUCAAAAGAUUUCAUGGAAUUGUCCUCCAUCAUGUUUAUCAGCAAGGGCAGCUGUGAAGUGCUGCGUCUAAUAGACCUCGGGACCCCUCGGCCUUUCUACUACAAGUGGGUCUGGCAGCAUCUGGAGCUGAUAGACGGCAGACCUCUGCAGACCCACCUCAGUGAAUCUUCUCCUGUGGAGAGAUUUAAGGAAUUUCAGAUCAAAUCAUAUCCUGUACAGGACUUCAGCUUUCUGAAACUUAAGCACCUCCAGAACUCCUGGGAGCAAGAGGGGACCAGCUUCAGUAGGCAGAUUAACAUCCCGGGAAAUUCUUUUCCGAAGAUGUGGGGCCCAAAGAUCAAGUCCAGGGAUCCUCAUUCACUUCAGUGUUCCCUGAUCAGUACCAAGUAUGGUGAUCUCCCCGAGGAGGCUGCAGUGGGCGCCUACAUCAAGAUCCACACUGUGGAGGAAGGAGACACUGUGGGUCUUCAGCAGAUACUCCUCCCGGAGAACCAGCUUGACAUUCGGCCCUUGAUCCUGGUGAGCCUGGGAGCUGAGGUGAUACGGGUGACGAAAGAAAAAUUUUGUGAACUGAUGGACAGCAAGGUAACAGAGAAGUUGUCCAGGCUCAAGGUCAACUACCCCAGUGAUGAAGAUUUGUGCCGGAAGUUCCUUCAGGAGAACAGCUGGAAUAUCUUUCGGAAGGACCUACUGCGGCUGCUGGUGAAGCCUCGCCAGCGUCCGCCGUUCACCCCAAUCCGGCCUAAGAAGAAAGGGAGCUGCAGCCCCAAGUCUCUGAUUCUGGAUUUGUGUAGCCUCAACAAGGAGACUAAACCUUGUCAUUCCAUUUUUAUGGCAUCCCGGAAAUACCUGCCCCCAUUGAGGAUCGUCCAAGCCAUCACAACACCCCGAUAUAAAAUCCAAGAACUCCUGCCUCAGUAUAAGAAUGCAGGAGUCCUUGUUUAGACCUAAUAAAAGA